CCCCCUCCCGUCAACUUCCUGUUACUCGCUCCUGUUUUUGGCUUGAUGCUAUUUGUUUUAGAUAAUUGUACAUCCAGAGCUAGUGGAAAAGUCUGGACACAUCUCUGUGUGAAAGGAGGGAGGUGUUGUUUAAAGAGAGGGAAAGUUGUUUCAUCAACUGUUCCUCGUGGUGUGAAGCUGAUCUGGUUUUUGAGCUAAAAGUGGGUUGACUGUUUUGGGGUUUGUGAUGAGAUGACAGCUCCUUUCUCCCAAGCCACUGCUUGAAUCUGUGUGUGUGAACUGAAUGACUCAAGUAAGGGCCACUUAAUGCUGUGUUCAUGUCAUGUCAGAAGAAGCAGGGAAACGUGUUUUUUUUAUUUGUUGAGAGACACAUUUCCAAAUGUAGUUUCAUUCAUGAGUCAUAAAUAACCUGCAACUGAUAUUACUAAUGUAUUGAAAGCAGGUGUAAUUAUUAGCAUGACUGGAUAAUAGGGGUGCAACGGAUCAUAAGACUCACGGUUCUGAUCGUAUCACGGUUGUGAGUCAGGGAUCGGAUCAGAGGAGAGUGAGCCUAUACAUAUAACUUUUAGAGAUGUCCCGAUCACGUUUUUUUUGCUGCCGAUACCAAUUGCUGAUCAUUGAGGAUCCGUGUUUUUGUUUUGUUACAGCAGCUAGUCUACAAAGCUCCAGAGUAUUGUUUUUUUCACCACCGUCCCAAAAAUAUUUUAAGUGUAACUCAUCAAAAGUUCUAGAUGUUAUCCUUUUUCCUUUGUUAUAAUCAUUUAUAGUGGUUAUUUGCAUAAAAACAAACAAUUCAUGCAAUUAGGAAAUAUAAGACAGUGUUUUGGUUGAGACAUUUUGUCAUUAGUAGUUUUAAUGAUGUAUUAUAAGCUGCUUAGAGCUAGUAUUAGAAAGUUAAGCAGCUCAUAAUUCAUCUUUAAUAUCUAUUUAAUAUUUUGGCGAAUCUCCUUCAAACAACUGAAUUCAAUCAUGUUUCUCUCCAAAGCUAUUACACUUCAUUGUACGUUAACUUUUACAAGAUAACAUUUGAACACAUCAUGAUAAGGUUAAUAUACCUUCGCCAAAUUGUCAUUUUCAUUGAACAGAGCCUGAACGCACCAUAAUGUAACUGAAUGCAACCUCCAUACGUUAGCCGUUAGCGGUGCUGCUAGCGCUACUAGCUCUUCAACACACAUUUGUUGUUCACAAUGUAGCAUUAUCAGGGAUCGGCACCAAGAGAGCUUUAAUGGCAAUCUGCUAGUCGCAUAUUUCUACUGAAUAUCUGUCGAUAGCGAUCAACUGAUGUUGAUGCUGGUUCAAACUUCAUAAGAGUGAUGAGAGAUAUCGGAUCCUAAAAUAAUAUGCCUCAUGUACAACUUGUAUUUACCGCUGGGAGGUUGAAUGUGAAUGUUUUUUCCAAAAUGAAAUGACUUUAUCUCACAUUAAUCAAGUUGGUAUUCUUGUCUUGGGAGGUCUAUUUGCAUAAGCUAUUGCAACAGGUGAAAUUCCCUUGGGAAUGAUGGCGUGGUUGAGUGGAGCUCUGGUUUAUAAUAGUAGCUGAACAGAUCUAUUAGUGUACAACAAGCAGCUCUGCUUUAAAUACUCACAACAAAUAUAUACCAGCAGUUUAUUCCGUCAGUCUUCAAGCUAUUCUGGUUGAAAGACCGACUUAGACCACUUUUGACAUUUAGCUCAGUGAGAUGUUGCUUCAAAAGGCUGCAAUAACUAAAUAAUAAAAGUCUUUCCCUCUACAAAUGUUAGUAGUAUUGCAACAUCAAAGUAUUUUGUGUGCAAUCAAUGUCUUUGGAAUACAAGUCACAUAUUGCAAAUGUUGGAUAUCUCCUUUUAGAACGAGGUUUUGCCAUUAAAGCGGUUUGGCUGCAUUGUUCAUCCUCCCAAUGAAGUACUUAGAAAGUCUAAAAUACUGAGGCAGGAACAUUGCAGGAUGGAAGGAUUUAAAUACAGUAGAUAUACCAACACUAACGCCAUGACCCCGCCUCAGACUCAGGUGACCUCUUAGCCUCAAUUAUGCAUUCUUUCAAGUUCAGUUGGUGGUUUUGCUGCCAAAUAUCCAAGAAUUAUUUUCAAAGUAACAGACUUUUUCCUCAAACUUUUAAUUUUUAAGAUGAAUAAAGUUCAAAGAUCAUCAUUGUAAACUUAAAAACUAAAGAGAAAAGGCUCAACAUUAACAGUUGCUCGCUUGCACAGGGCAAGUACCCUCUGUGUUCGGGCAAGUGGAAUGUCUAAUCCAGGUUUCCGAUCAGACAAGUGAAAAAUAUGUGAUUGGGAGAUCGCCAUCAGUGCUUUCUACUUGCCGAUUUUAACAUGCCCGAUUUUUGGUUUUAGACAAGUAGCCACUUACCCAAAGGCAAGUAGCUGAAAAAGCUUAAUUUCAAGCCCUGAGGUGGCGAAUACUCUUUUGUAAUAAACUGAAAUAAAUAUAAAAUCUCCAAAACUAAAUGGCGCAGAUAAGAGGGUAAUUAUUUAAGGCAGAAAGACACUCAUGAAGACACAGAAGACCAGUCCUAGCGUAGCAUCAAGCUAAUCUAGCCGGCUCCUUAGACUCUCAUGCAAUGGUUUCAGAUUUUCCUCAUGUUCGGACUGCUAUAGUGGAUUUGAUAGCUAGUCAUGCUAGUCAUAGCUAGUCAUGGUGCUCGUUACCCGGAGAGGUUCGAAAGAGAAAUACGUUUCUUAAAUGUUAUGUUUCUAAGUAAAAGCCCGUGGAGCUAACAUUAGCAGAGUAUAGCACAUCAACACUUCUAUGCUACGCUAGCUGCUGAACGUAUAGUGGUACUGGAUGUGUACACAUGCUGAACGAUAGCGGUCAGUGUCACACUCACUGACUAACACGUUCUACUUCAGCAGGAAAUGUUGGGUUUGCAAUAGCAGUAACUUAAUACAGCAUUUCUUCCAGGCAUGUCGCCACAGACAUCCAGUCCGUAAUACUGCAAACAUUUAAAUAUUGUAAUACUUAUAUCAGUUAUCCAUACGCUCAAUCACCAUUGUGUUACCCCAUUCGCCAUUUGAAGUUCCAGCUAAACUGUGUUUCACAAGACGAUGACAAUAGUCUUUGUCUUGUGUUCACUCUGUAGAGUGGAGGUCGGCGUGUGAUUAAAUCCAACCCGCAAGGUGGAUUUUAAAUGUAUUCAGUGUCCCACUCCCCCUUCUCAAACACUCUCAAAUAGGCCUGCAGAUACAACAGACCUGUGCGUGUGUGCGUGCGUGUGAGAGAGAGAAUACCAGCAGGGUUCACUUCUAAAAGGGCUGUGAUAAGUUUAUCUUGUGAAUCACUGUUGAGCCGGAGCGUCCACAGAGGAGCCCCCUCCACACUUCACUUUCAGUACUUGCCUCAGAUCAGUUUCAUGUAACUUGAUCUCAAAUUCAAAAAUAGCACUAGUCCUCAAGUUAUGCACGCAUGUUGUGCACACAGAAAACGACUCGUAUGCAUCGAUGCUUAAUCAAAACACAUAACUUUAGCCAGUAAGCUUUUUACGAUGUAAAAGUUCCGAUUUUAGUUUGAAAACAUUCCACAUGGAGGCUGGAGGAGGUUUUGGGAUUUGGAGGAAAUAUUGUGUGUUGUAAUGAAAUCAGGGCUGGGAGGCUAUGUUACGUUUCCAACAGUAAUAUAUAUAUAUAUAUAUAUAUUAGAAAGCUAUCGGACAAAGAAUACAAAUAUUUAUGUAAAUGUUCUCAUCUGUGCGUUUCCAGCAACUGGUUUGAAGCGCAUAAACUACAGCGUAGAUUGGUUAGAAGUUGGCGCUAUAGGCUACACAUGGCUGUACUCCGCCAGGAAACAGAGUCAUAUUGUCCACGCAUCGUGCUGUCCUAAGACGAAGACGAUAUAAAUAUGUUCCCGAAAAGACGCAGACAGCAAAAACAGCUGAUCAGUCAUGUGAGUUAAAUGUCAGAAGUUAUUGUUCAAAGGCGUUUCCAUAUCCCAUUUAGAGCAUCAAAGACUACAAUUAUUAUUUUCUUUUUGCGCAGUUGAGGAAGUUUUAUCAAAUCUUACCGUUUCCACACAGCUUUUCUAAGGCGAUAUCUCAGAAUAUGCAAAAAAAUAUGUCUAUAUAUAUAGAUAUUGAAUGUCAGUGAACAGCACAACCUUUCAUUAGUUCAUUAUCACUGUACAUAAUGUCAACAUUGAACCCUUUUAGCUGUAUGUGUGUUUUGUGUAAGGGUCAUCCAUGUUGAAAUAAAGCAUCUUAGUCUGUCAUUAAACAAAUAGUUCAAAAUGUAAGAAAAUAUGAAUUAUUGGCUUCCUUACUGAGAGCUAUAUGAGAAACACAGUGGCAUUCACUCUAUCCAUGUCCGUACAGUAAAUAUUACUGGAGCCAGGAGACGGUGAGCUUCUUAAAGUUACAAAGCAGCACCUCUAAAGCUCUUUAAUCAACACAUUAUAACCUGAGGUGAAUUGUUCAAUAUAGAUCAUAGAGCAGGGUAUGAUUUAGGGCGGGGCUACAUCGUGAUUGACAGGUCGCUACCAGAGAUGUAUAUGGCAUCUCUCUCACAGCGUCACUCCUACGCAGUCCAAAUAUGGUCACUUCUGUUCACUGGUUACAAAAAACCCAGAUGGCGACGGCCAAAAUGCUGAACUGUAUUGUUUUAUACAGUCUAUGGUCUGAACUCAGUAAUCUGAACGUGUUUGGUUCACUGUGUAAACUCUUGUUUCAAUGGACUGUUUGUCUUCAACCCUGAAAGAGGCUCCUAAAGUGAAAUGACUCCUUAUUUUAAUGGAAAAUAUUCCUGUGUCUGCUGUCGGCUUGUUGUGAGCUGUCAAUCAUCUUCAGACAUAAUCUCAUCAGCAUCAACACGCGCAACAAGAAACAGUGAAUGACCGUUUUAAACCAAUCAGACAAAUGAGUCGGACUGUAGCUGUUGGACGAUUAUGUGGAAAUUGUCAUUUUAGGAUUUUUAAGCAGCGGUAUUCAAUGUCAUCCAGCGGUUCUUCAGUCUCUCUGCGCUGCAGUUGGACAGCAGGCUGUGUGCGUGGUUGGUCCAGAGGAAAGUUUCAGUCAUGGAAUUUAGAUUUAGUCUGCGUGCAUGAACCGAGACGUUAACGGAGUGUUAUUUCAGAGAGAGAGCUUGACCCCCGAGGGUGUCUCUGUGUCUUCUUCUGUCUGUCAGAAUGAUCGCCAUAGUGACAAAGACAAACAGCAUUCAUCUAGCUGGACCUCAGUGUGUUUGUUUGUUAUGUCUGGGGGACUUUUCUUAACCGACAGAGAAGCACGCUAUUCUUUCAUGAAAGUCACUAAAAUGUCCGGGUCACUUGUGUGUACCUUUCGGGCCUCUGGGUGUGGUGACCUCCAUUGACAGAGGACACACUCGUAUAUUAUCUCCACAUAUGUUCGCACCUUCACUCGAUCCCACAGUUCCGUGCCAACAGGACGGCUCAGUGUGCCGUAGAUUACCCGGAAAUCCUCUCACCUGUCUGCUACUUCACAUGAGUUUGUGAGAUGACCUGUUUGGUCUCUGUUUGUUCACAUGUGCAGCUGAAACAUAUUGUGUGUCGAGCACAUGAUGUGUUAGCUUGUGUAUGUGGAGUAAUUGAACACGACUAUCCGAUUAGUGAAAACAUUGUAUCUCCACACAUUGAAUCUUAUAUUCUGUUUUUAGGUUGACUUUGUAGCAUCUGCCCUGGGACCACAGAGGAAAAAUAGCCUCUUGGCUAACAUUUACAGGAAUGUCUUAUUAAUGUGCACUGUUCCUACCAAAUACACCAAUAAAUAAACACAUUUUGCUUUCCUUAAACCAAGAAAAACUGCUUUGUUUUCAUAUUUUUUGCUAGUUUUACUAUGUAUUAACCAAUUAAUUAAUUUUUUUAAGAUUAAUAGGUUUGUAGUUUAGUAACAAACAAGUUCCCAGAGCCACAGAGAGCUACUUCAAACUGCUGGUUCCAACCAACCAAUGAAGACUCAAAUUAAAACAGCAAAUCCUCACAUUGGAGCUAAUGUGACCAGACAUGUUUGUGACUUGUUUCUUGUUUACUGACAUGAACAAUUAAUGCGUCAUCUGCACAUUUUCUCAGUCGACUUAUUUAUCAACCUAUUUUUUUUCAGUACUCUCAUGAUUGUAAGGAACGGCUGAAUAUUAAUUUCUUGGUCAACUAGACGAUCAAGAUAAAGAACCACAUGGACGCAAAACGAUGUAGGAAUACUUUUGUUCAGAGCCGAUUCAUACGCAAAGAGCAACUAUGUACUGUGAAAUUCUCCUAAAUGGAAGCUAAUGACCAUGAAAAUAAUGUGAAAAGAAACAAAGGCCACAGUGAAUACUGGAUUCUGAUUGGUAAGAGGUCCGAUAGACAUUUUAAACAUUACGCCAUGGCCACCAAACCCGCCUAAAAAAGGUGUUAUCGUGCCAAAUGUAGAAAGCUUUUACAUCGGAGAAGAUAAAAUGCCGUGACAGCUGUGAGUUUUGAAGCAGCACUGCUCCUACAGAAAGAGCAGGUUGCAGCACAGGCUCCACUGGUCGUGCCACUUUAUCUGGCAGUAUUAGAUCAGUCCACAUUCUUUCACGGAGUCAGAAUCCCCUUUGAUGAUUAAUGACAUCGGGAAGUAAUUAGUUUCUUUACUCUCUGCUUUCUUCUGUGGAACAGUUUAGUGCACAGAAAGGUUGAACCAGCGUACAGUGAACUGAGCCCAGAGGGGACGAGGCAGAGCGGCUGUAACUGAGAUGGGAUUUGUGUUAGAGCAGAGGAUCAGUGUUCUCUCAAUAACAGUCAAUAACAGCUGACGUUGAUCACCUAACUAACCAGAAUGCAAAAUAUUCACUGUAACAAGAGAUUUUUACUCUAAAACUGAAUCAGAAAAGCUUUCGACCACAUCUCAUGGUCUUCAUUAUCCCCUAAGAUGUGGUUGAAUCCAUGUUUUUCUUUUAUCAUUUUGCAGCUUUUUUGAAAUCUAUACAAUUGAAUAAAAGAGGUCUGUUGCAGAAAUGUUAAGCUAGUCAUUUUUCAAUAAACCUAGACCUAUGAAAAUACAGCUAAAAUGUGACAAAUAUAACUGUCCUCAUUUUGUAAAAUUGCGAGCAGUCAAAGCGAGCAACUUUGUAGAUGUUUGACUGGUUAACAUGUGGCAUUUGUCAUAAUUCUAGACCUGUAAUGAUCAAAAUCACUUGAUGACAAAAACACACAAUCAGGUGUUUGAUUCUCUUCCUGCUUCCUGCACAUCUGCUUUAACGGUUGCUAUCUGUUACUUUUAAUGUCAAAAGUAAAAAGAAAGAAGAAGAAUCAAUGAAGUUUAUUUGACAGUGUGAAGUCACUGUUUACUUUCCCACAGUGUUCUGAGAGACGGAUGCCGUCUGGUACGAUAUUGACCGACAGCAGUGACACUGUGAAAGGAUGUCUUUCUAAUCUGCCUGUGGGGAUGAUGUCACCGGCGGAUAAAUGUGUCUGGUCGACUUCUGUUUCCAGGAGACAGUCAAACACAAACUGUCAUUUCAUCCCGCCUGAGUGCUCUGUGUGGUGGAGCUAUGAAAGAUUGUGAGUGGAUGCAAAAAUAAACUGAAGUACCAUUCCAACUAAAGAUUUGUGCUCUGUAGCAUUGUAUCCCCACAUGAAGAGUGGCGCUGGAUUGAGUCCUAAAACCCAACAAUGAGUCAGCAUUUUCGCACUUCUGGUUCCCUCGUCUCAAAGUCGAUGGGUUUUUGGUAAGAUGCCUAUAAAUAAGUAAGUAAAAACAGUAAAUACCCCUUUUACUAGCGCUCCUGUGACUGUGGUGUAGUGCGUUCAUAACCUAGCGUUAGCUUUUUACUUCUGCCGAUUGCAUUCACUCUUCAACAAUCAUGGAAUCGGUGUUCAUUUGUGAAGAUUAUCUUGCUGAACAAAAAGUGUAAGUAUCAUAAAAGUAUAUUUUCUACAAUAAUCAAAAAUCCAGUGGAAAAAUCCCAUUGGCUCUUUCCCAUCGGAACCAAUGCGAUGCUAACUUCCUGGUUAGCCCACAAAAAUAUGUCAUCCCUGCAGCACUCUGUGUGCAUUUUUGGUAUUGAUUAAUUACUUCAAUACCACCAUGCAAUAGUGAAACAUCAAUCUGUCUUUUACGAAGUGCCACCUUCAGAAGAGUGUCACCAUGUGUCGACUGUUCAUCCUUCAGCCUAACCCGUGUACAGUGUGAUGGUCCUGGGCUGUGGUACAAUGGUGCUAACACCCUGGUUCUGGCAUGCUGCAGUAAGCCAGACUAAUGCCAGGAAUGUCAGCAGUCAAGGCUGACAUUCCAGCUGGCUGGCAAGUUCUCCUUCAGCAGGGUGCCUGAGUUUGACAAAGCACUGCUGCCUUUUCCACGAGUCCACGCCCAGCUACCGCUGAAAACGUGGGAAGGUUAUUUACCAGUGGGUCUGCAGCAGUGAUUCAACAAUAACCACAUUUACACUGAUUGUGUCUCACCUUUCCAUCCAAUUCUCAAGGCCGAGAAAGAACGAGCUCGUAGGUGUGAAUCAUGUCACCGACUUCUUGAGAUACAAUUGUAGUCAUAAUGCUGAUAUUCAAAAUAUCACCGUGUCAUUUGAAAACACUGCAACUUGUUUUUACUUCAAUCAGAGGAUUAAAAGGCUCACCAUGAGCUGAGAAAAUGCUCCGGUCUGCAGGUUUAUAUGUCACAAGUUCAUGCUGGUCAAAGUAAAAACAAGUCGACAGAAAUUCAAUUAAAAUCGUAUCAUACCCAGAAACACUUUGCAGAUAAAUUUCCUGGCCCUUUAAAAAAAUAGUUAGUAAUCCUCAUCUUCUUCAUUCGCAUCUUUAAGGUCAUAGUUAUCGGCAGCAGCAGCAGCCGCACAGAAUGGAUCCGUUGUUCUUUGGUAAUGAAUUGUUCCUCCAGGUGGCCCUAGAACAGCCUCUAGUGGAUCUCCGUCAGUGCUACACAAAAGGCAGAAAGACGGCCUGAAUGUGUCUCUUUCACAUUUGUAGAUCUGAAGGAUAGCGGGCCUCACAAUCCAUUUUUCAUCUUGGCACAUUCUGUGAAUUCCUCCCGUGUUGGUGUCUUCCUGUUAAGAGCUCUUUCAUUCUUCUGUCUGAACGUGGCUUAAAGAACACACACACACACCAUGUUACUCUCUCGUUGCUCUCUUGUGUUCACGCCUUGUAGUUAAUAUCAGCCUCCCAGCAUCAGGAAGUUGACAGCGAUGGUGUCUCCCACUAAGUGACAGAACUACAGAAGGGUCAACAAAGUUUGUUUACGCUGAGUUUACGAACUGCUACAAAUACGUUACAUACAAGACAUGCUAUAAGGCUACAUAGGCUAGCUGUAGGGGUCAUAAUAUAACAGGUAUUAUAACAUGUGUAUCCAUAUCAAAUGUUUGGUCCUGAUUGGCUGUCUGGUUAGUUAGUGCCAUGGAUGGAUACAGCGUCGGAGGCGGGGCCUCGGUCAGUCAUAUCAAAGUUGCUCAGUGGUGGCACACAGAGCAGGCGCACUAGAGUUUCCUUUAACUCCGCCUCCCAACCGCUCCGGCUCGCUCACAUAAAUGACAGUUCAUUAAGCCUCUGGAAGGAACUUUGAAUUUGGCUAUUCAUGCAUAAGGACAUAAUGAAUCAAAUGAGGGCUAUUUAAGUGUUUGUAUUAGGAAGUUGAUUUACCAUUUUGUCCACUAUGUCAAAUUGUCCUCGAAGCCCGGCGCUCUUCCUGUAUCCAGUUCUCUUGUAUACGUCCAUGGUUAUCUCUGGUCAACACUAACUAGUGUAAAAUGUAUAUUAAAAUAGCAGUAACUGUAGCAACAAAUCGUCAAAGCUUCAUGCAACAUGCUCCAUGCUCAAGUCACCAUUCAAACUCAUUAUGAUCUAAUUUUUUUUAAAUGGAUGCAUGUAAAUGCAAUAAUAUAGGAACCUUCUUUUGCACUGCAGACCGUGGACCGGGAGUCGGGUUAACUGAGGAGCGUAAUUGUUCUCCACACUUCAUCAGACAGAGAAAAGAGAGCCCACGGGGGCGGGACUGGGCGAGCAUAACAACAGAAGCACCAUUUAAUUUGCUCUGUAUUUAAGUGUGGUUACUUUCUAAAAAUCACUUCCGACUCACUGAAAUAACAGAUUCAAGAAGUGCACACGCUCACCACAGAGUGUCCUGGUCCAGCUCCAGCUUCUCACGGCUGAGCUCCGGGGGGGGAGGGGGAGCCACACCCCAGAGAGAGGUGGGGUGGGGUGGGGGUGUAUCAGGUCCUCCGCCUCUGAUUAAGAGGGGCAUGAGACUUUUGGCUGUGUUUCAGACUGAGUUUUAACACCGUAGUACUGAACAGCUGCACGGAAACAGAAACGUCUGGUCAGCCGGGGGUGUGGACUCAGGUGGCUUCCCAUGACACACUGUGACAUUUAGCAAAGAAACUUGACUUUCUCCAUUUUCUAAUGGCAGUCAUCAUGUGGUAUUAAGCAACAACUUUAAUUCUUGAAACCGAUUUUAACAGUGAUAUAAAAAAACAAGUAUUCAUUAUAUUAUGUAUCAUUUAGACGGCAUGAAUAUCUGUGUUCUGACCGAAUCUGUUCUCCUUUUAAUAAUGUAUAGACUGAGGUAAACAUGCAUCUGUGAAAUACUAGUUUGUCCCUUUAAGUGGCAAAAGUGAACCUCAACAUUUCACAGCGUGCACCACCUUUUCCUAUAUUAAAGGUGCAAUGUGUAAGAACUGGCCACAUGCUCUCUACAAACAGAGGGCAACAUUUCACUUCCACCACUGGUCCAACACAAUUGCAUGGCUGGAAAAAAAUGGUGGAAGAGUUGGAUGAUGAUGAGGAGCUCCUGUGCCCGGCGCGUAGUCAUAUUUUUCAGGGUGUGCUAGGCGUCUCUGCAGCUCUCAACCACCCAUUUGGCUCUGCGGGAUCUUCUCUGCAGAAGUACACGUUAGUAUACGUUAGGCAUUAGUAUGUUCAGCUGUUGUGCCCCAUAUCCAGGUAUUAUUGAUCUAGAGAAACAGAGCCUUCUUACUGCAGACAUUUUGUUUUUUCAAACAGGUGUAGCUAAUAACAUUAAAGAUGGCUGCAUUCCAUUUAGGUGUGCCAGCUCCAAGGCUCACUGCCAUGGCUUACGGCCACACCUAAAUGGAGCGCGUCCAUCAGCACUGUUAUCAGUUACUGUUGUGCCGUCUCUGCUAUAACAAGUCAGAAUGUCUGCUGUGAGAAAGGCUGGCAAAAGAGUCACAUCUGCAGGCAUUCUAGGUUGUUUACCGCUCCUGAAGAGGUCCACCUUUAAAAUGCAUUAAGGACAGAGGAGAAAAGCACAGCUUCUGGGUUGAAUAUAAAAAAUGUAACCGCACGGGUCGUCUUUCAAUCAGAAGAUCGGCAGAUCGAUCCCCGGCUCUUACAGUCCACGUCGAUGCGUCCUUGUGACUUGACCCCGAAUCGCUCCUGAAGGCUCUGCCAUCGGCGUAUGAAUGGGUGUGAAUGUGAAUUAGUGUAGUCCUUAUGGGCCCUUGCAUGGUAGCCCCCUGCAUCAGUGUACCAAUGUGUGUGGAUGGGCGAAUGGUCAGAAGGCUAGAAACGCGCUAUACAAUGCAGGUCCAUUUACUUGCGACCGCUUUCGGCUCACCAUUGCCCUGACUCAGUGUGUGAAAGCACCUCUGGGCGUCGGUGCUCCUCCAUAAUACCAACGUAAUUCGGCCGGUAUACCUUUUUUAAAGUACCGAGUUCAGACUGCCGGUCUCAGGAGUAAGGAUUUGAGAAAGUUCUGCCCGAGAGCCUUGAUUUGCAGGAAUAAAAAGUCCUCUGUGAGACAAAGUGAAAUAUCUGAUUAAACAGAAUGUCACUCUGUGACAAGGAAGAGACUGCAUGCUUUGUCUAAUUGUGUUGUUGUCCUGUUUGGGCAAUAAAAAGCAGCAUUUGGAUAAUAGAAUAGAGUGAAUCUAUCUCAAACUUAAUAUUGACAUCUGAGGGUCUGUUCUCAUCAUUGAAGGGUUAAUCCUCUCAGUCACUGUACCUCUAUAUUUAUUCCCUCACUGUCUCUUAUAACUGGCUGAAACUGGUUCUGUGUCGACAAGCAUUCAUUGAUUGUAUAUAGAUUGUAAAAGGGGUCGUUUCAGCCCGUAUAGCAAACCCUGAAAAUACAUCAGCGACAUAAUGUAAUUAUAUGCAGGUAACCCUGUUGUGAUUCAGCGCCUGUGCUCGGUUUGUAGGCAAUGUGAAAUAUUUCAGCUAUUUAUCUUUUAUGAUAAAAAGCAGCUGUCAAAGCUCUGCUAGAAUAUUUUAAAAACCAGCGCUGAGAACAUUAUCAUUUCCAUUGAUUUGUAAUGGAUGCUUUGUUAUAUUUUAAGUGAAGUAGUAUGGCCACUGAACACUUAGCUAGUGUCCCGUAGCAGCAGUUAGGAGGAAGACGAACCUUUAGCAGGAAGUGGCGCUGACUGUGAAACUAGAAGCCGUGUGGACAUGUGGCCCUGAUGCACAGCAUUGAUCACCAUCCUGUAGAGCGGUGUCAUUGAUCAGCUCACUUAUUGACUGAAGUAGCAGCAUGACAAAGAAGCAGCGCAGCACACGGACCUACACACAAAUAGAUCAUAUGCUGCACAAACCAAACGGCUCCUAUUUCACAAAGUAAAAGCCUUUUUUUUCCUUAAGUGUCUUUGCUGACUCGGUACAUUGUGAAGUGGAUGAUCUGAGCUUUAGACAACACUCGUGAUUGUGUUUUCUGUAGUUGAGCUUUCCUCUGUUGUUGUUGACCUGUUUGACUCGUCAGUUUCCAUAAGCACAGCUUUGAUUCUGGGAAAAAUGUUGAUAUCAGAAGAGCAGGUCAAAUAUGACGCUGAUCCUGAAUCCUUAAAUGCUUUUUUCACAUCUGCUCUAUAUCCUCUAUAAUAUGCCCUCUGUCAGUCCUUUCAUACUGACCAGCAAUGUCAGUAGCCUACUGCUGACCUCAGACACGACACAUCAGAGCACCAGCCGGUCAUUGGAGACUAGAGGAGACUGCUGAGUCACAGUCAGCAUCACCUUCACUGUGAAGGAUCUAACAAUGUAAAGCUCGAGGGCUCUUGGUUUAUUGAUUAUUUAUUAGUAGAUUGGAUUGUUUUUUAAUAUCUUUUAAAACUUUAUCAUCGCAUUAGCAUAGAUGAGAUUAAAUUAUACAAAUAGCAACUGGCAGACUCACAGAGCUGAAUUUAAUUAGUUAAUUGGUAGAAAUUAAUUUGGCAGCUCUAAUAAGUGAUUUCAGCUGUUACGGGAAUGUGGUGUAAGUUUAAUUUUGUUCAGAUUGCAAAGUGUAGUUUCCUAAAAAAGCGCUCUGUCAUCUAAACCCCUCCGAGGUCCAAGGUCCCCUCUGCAGCACUAUUCAUGAAAGAAUAUCCAGAGUAUAAUGCUGAGUCACUGAUGCUGCUGUCCUGAUGGGGGAGAAAUAAAAAUAAACCAGCCAGUGAUUUGAUAUUUCUCAGCUUUACCUUCAUUUGGUAUUUGAUUUAAACAGACCUCAUAGUAGAUGGUUUGUUUGAUCUCCUCGACUAGUAAACAUUAUAUCUUCACAUCACCUCCUACCCCUCAGUCAAAACACUCAUCGUUUCACACUUGCUACAUUGUUUGCUUUAGCUCAGCGUUGUGAUGUGACAGCCGAGCGCCACUGUUAUUGGUCGAGGCACCACGAGGAUGAGACGGGACGACACCGGGGAGGGGUGAGAGGUGGGAAAGAAGGGAGACGUGCUUUCUUUUUUUCUUCUUUUUUCCACAAUUCCUUCUGCUGACGGGGAUUGUGUGCAAGACUGGCAGCGGAGAGAGAGAGGGAGACGAGAGGGAGAGGGAGUGAGCAAAAACACUAAGCUGCCAACUUGUGUGGCUGCAGCAGAGCAGCGAGAGGGAGAGCAGGAUACGGACAGCCUGCAUCUAGCAGAGAGACGCUUGCAUCCUCCGGCGUGGUGUCUGGGUGCAGCCAGCAUGGAUCCUGCACGGUCCAUCCAGCAUGAGAUCAGCUCCCUCAAAGAUGAACGUGACCGAGUUCAGAAAAAGACCUUCACAAAAUGGGUCAACAAGCACCUGAUGAAGCACUGGAAGGCAGAGACCCAGAGACACAUCACUGACCUGUACGAGGACCUCAGAGAUGGACACAACCUCAUCUCCCUGCUGGAGGUGCUCUCCGGAGAGACACUGCCGAGGGAACGCGACGUUGUGAGGAACGUGCGGUUGCCGCGGGAGAAAGGCCGAAUGCGCUUCCACAAGCUGCAGAAUGUACAGAUCGCCCUGGACUUUCUCAAACGCAGACAGGUCAAACUGGUCAACAUCAGGAAUGACGACAUUGCAGAUGGAAACCCCAAGCUGACCCUGGGGCUGAUCUGGACCAUCAUCCUUCACUUCCAGAUCUCAGACAUUCAGGUGAACGGCCAGUCGGACGACAUGACGGCCAAGGAGAAGCUGCUGCUCUGGUCCCAGAGGAUGGUGGAGGGAUACCAGGGCCUGCGCUGCGACAACUUCACCACAGGCUGGAGGGACGGCAAGCUCUUCAACGCCAUCAUACACAAACACAGGCCCACUCUGAUCGACAUGAGUCAAGUGUACCGACAGAGCAACCAGCAGAAUCUGGAGCAGGCCUUCAGUGUGGCAGAGAGAGACCUGGGCGUCACCCGACUGCUGGACCCUGAGGAUGUGGAUGUGCCCCAUCCAGAUGAGAAAUCCAUCAUCACAUACGUCUCCUCUAUGUACGACGCCAUGCCUAGGGUACCAGACGUUCAGCACAGUGUCAAAGCCAAUGAGCUGGAGCUCCGUUGGCAGGAGUAUUAUGAGCUGGUCACCAUGCUGCUGCAGUGGAUCAGACACCACAUCCUCAUCUUUGAGGAGAGGAAGUUCCCCACCAGCUAUGAGGAGGUUGAGGUUCUGUGGCGUCAGUUCCUGAAGUAUAAGGAAACCGAGCUUCCUGCUAAAGAGGCAGACAAGAACCGCUCCAAACACAUCUUCAAGUCUUUUGAGGGUGCCGUUCAGGCAGGACACGUGAAAGUGCCGCCAGGUUACCAUCCCUUUGAUGUGGAGAAGGAAUGGGGUCGUCUGCACAUCGCCAUACUGGAGAGAGAGCGUCUCCUCAGGACCGAAUUUGAGAGGCUGGAGCGACUUCAGAGGGUCGUCAGUAAGGUCCAGAUGGAGUCGGGGGUGUGUGAGGAGCAGCUCAACCAGGUGGAGACUCUGCUGCAGACGGACGUGAGGCUGCUGAGCUCAGGGAGACCUGCUCAGCACGCAGCAGAGAUGGACGCAGACCUGGACAAAGCAGAAGGAAUGAUCCGCUUCCUCUUCAAUGAUGUUCAGCUGCUCAAAGACGGGCGCCACCUUCAGGCUGAACAGAUGUAUCGCAGAGUGUAUCGUCUCCAUGAGAGGCUGGUGAACCUCCGCAGCGAGUACAACCUGCGCCUCAAGUCCGGUGUGACCACCACACAGAUCCCCAUGACUCAGAUCCACACCGCACAGGUCACCACCCUGCAGCAGGCCCCCAUGAGGGUGCGCCCUGAGCUGGAUGAGGUCACCAUGCGUUACAUCCUAGAUCUGCUGGGCUGGGUGGAGGACAACCAACGGCGGGUGGAUGAUGGCGAGUGGGGCACCGACCUGCCCACCGUGGAGUCCCAGCUGGGCAGCCACCGUGGCCUGCACCAGUCUGUGGAGGAGUUCCGCUCCAAGAUCGAGAGGGCAAAGGCGGAUGAGAGUCAGAUCUCACCUGCCAGUAAAGCUGCCUAUCGCGAGUAUCUGGGAAAACUGGAGCUGCAGUACAGCAAGCUCCUGAACGCCUCUAAGGCUCGUCUGCAGUACCUGGACCAGCUCCACGCCUUCGUCAUUGCAGCCACCAAAGAGCUGAUGUGGCUGAACGACAAAGAGGAGGAGGAGGUCAACUACGACUGGAGCGAACGAAACACCAACAUGACAGCCAAGAAGGACAACUACUCGGGUUUGAUGAGAGAUCUGGAGCUCAGGGAGAAGAAGAUGAGCGAUGUCCAGGUCACCGGAGACAAGCUGCUGAGGGACGGUCACCCUGCCAGGAAGACUGUAGAGGCCUUCACUGCAGCUAUGCAGACUCAGUGGAGUUGGAUCCUCCAGCUGUGCUGCUGCGUCGAAACCCACCUGAAAGAAAACACCACCUACUACCAGUUUUUCUCUGACGUGAAGGAGGCGGAGGACAAGAUCAAAAAGAUGCAGGACGCAAUGAAGAGGAGGUACACCUGCGACCGCUCCGUCACAGUCACACGGCUGGAAGAUCUACUGCAGGACGCAGCUGAUGAAAGAGAGCAACUGACUGAAUUCAAAACUCACCUGGAAGGCCUGAAGCGAAGGGCCAAGACCAUCGUCCAGCUGAAACCACGAAACCCCGCUACCGCAAUCAAGGGCAAACAGCCCGUCCAGGCCGUCUGCGACUUCAAGCAGAUGGAGAUCACAGUCCACAGAGGAGACGAGUGCGCUCUGCUGAACAACUCGCAGCCUUUCAAGUGGAGGGUGCUGAACGACAAAGGCAGCGAGUCGUCCGUGCCGUCCAUCUGCUUCCUGGUUCCACCCACUAAUAAGGAGGCUGUGAACAGUGUUGCCGGACUGGACGGAAACCUCCAGCGGCUGCAGACGAUGUGGCAGACGAUGUUUGUGGACAUGAAGAGCAUGCUGUCCUGGCAGUACCUGAUGAGAGACAUCAACAUCAUCAAGACCUGGAACGUCACCAUGUUUAAGACCCUGAGGGUGGAGGAGUACCGUCUAGCACUGAGGAACCUGGAGCUGCACUACCAGGACUUCCUGAGAGACAGCCAGGACUCCCAGACGUUCGGGGCGGAGGACCGCAUGCAGGUCGAGUCCAACUACAACAGAGCCAACCAGCACUACAACACAAUGGUCAGCUCUGCAGAGCAAGGCUAUGUGCCACCCAGAGCAGGAGAGCAAGACGAGUCUGUGUGUAAGACGUACCUGAUGAAUAUCAAAGACAUCCGUCUGAGGCUGGAGGGUUGUGAGAACCGAACAAUGACGCGUCUCCGCCAGCCUGUGGACAGGGAGCCGCUCAAAGCCUGCGCCUUGAAGACUGCAGAGCAAAUGAAAGUCCAGUCUGAGUUGGAGGGCUUAAAGAAAGACUUGAACUCCAUCAGUGAGAAGACCGAGGAGGUCCUGGUGUCUCCUCAGCAGACCAGCUCGGCCCCGAUGCUGCGCUCCGACCUGGACGUCACGCUGAGGAAGAUGGACCACGUCUACGGCCUCUCCUCCGUCUACCUGGACAAGCUGAAGACCAUUGAUGUCGUGAUCAGAAACACUAAAGACGCAGAAGACACACUGAAGAGUUAUGAGACUCGUCUGCGUGAUGUUAGCAAAGUGCCAGCCAAAGAGAAGGAGGUGGAGGACCAGCGCAGUCAGCUGAAGGCAAUGCACGCUGAAGCAGAGGCCGACCAGGUUGUUUUCGACCGCCUGCAGGACGAGUUGAAGAAGGCGACGGUUGUCAACGACAAGAUGACGAGGAUCCACAGCGAGCGCGACGCCGAGCUGGAGCAUUACCGUCAGCUGGUCAACGGCCUGCUGGAUCGCUGGCAGGCCGUGUUUGCUCAGAUGGACCUGAGGAGGCGGGAGCUCGACCUCCUCGGGCGCCACAUGAACUCCUACAACGGAAGCUACGAGUGGCUCAUCCACUGGCUCGGAGAAGCGAGGCAGAGGCAGGAGAAGAUUCAAGCUGUGCCCAUCGGUGACAGCAAGGCUCUCAAGGAGCAACUGGCAGAGGAGAAGAAACUCCUGGAAGAGAUUGAGAAAAACAAAGAAAAGGUUGAAAAUUGCCAGAAAAAUGCAAAGGCUUACAUUGAUUCAGUCAAGGAUUACGAGCUCCAGCUUUUGACUUACAAAGCCCUCCAGGAGCCCAUAGCAUCUCCUUUAAAGAAACCCAAAAUGGAGUGUGCAUCUGAUGAUAUCAUUCAAGAGUACGUUACUCUGAGAACCCGCUACAGUGAGCUGAUGACCCUCACCAGCCAGUACAUUAAGUUCAUGACGGAGACGCAGCGCCGCCUGGAGCAUGACGAGAAAGCUUCAGAGAAACUGAAAGAAGAGGAGAGGAGAAGGAUGGCAGAGAUACAAGCCGAGUUAGAUAAACAGAAACAGUUGGCGGAGGCUCACGCUAAAUCAGUAGCCAAAGCGGAACAAGAAGCCCAGGAGCUGAAGCUGAAGAUGAAAGAAGAAGCCAGCAAGAGGCAAGAUGUCGCGGUGGAUGCUGAGAAACAGAAGCAAAACAUACAGCAUGAGCUGCAUCAUCUGAAGAGUCUGUCCGAGCAGGAGAUCAAGUCCAAGAGCCACCAGCUGGAGGAGGCGCUAGUCAGUCGUACCAAAAUCGAGGAGGAGAUCCACAUAAUUAGACUGCAGUUAGAGACAACAAUAACACAGAAAGGCACAGCCGAGGCCGAGUUACAGCAGCUCAGAGACAAGGCUGCCGACGCCGAGAAGCUCAGGAAAGCUGCUCAGGAAGAAGCAGAGAGGCUUCGCAAGCAAGUGACUGAAGAGACUCAGAAGAAGAAGAAUGCAGAAGAUGAGCUGAAACGGAAAUCUGAGGCAGAAAAAGAGGCAGCCAAGCAAAAGCAGAAAGCACUGGAAGACCUGCAGAAAUUCAAAAUGCAAGCAGAGGAGGCAGAGAGGCGCAUGAAACAGGCUGAGGAGGAGAAGCUGAGGCAGAUCAAAGUAGUAGAGGAGGUGGCACAAAAGAGUGCCGCCACACAGCUGCAAUCCCAUUCCAUGUCAUUCAAUGAGAAGACAACAAAGCUGGAGGCAUCCCUUAAGAAAGAGCAGGGCACCGUCCUUCAGUUGCAGGAGGAAGCUGAAAAGCUCAGGAAGCAACAAGAGGAAGCUAACAAAGCUAGGGAGCAAGCAGAGAAAGAGCUUGAAAUAUGGAGACAAAAAGCUAAUGAGGCUCUCCGCUUGAGGCUACAAGCUGAAGAGGAAGCUCAAAAGAAGAGUCAGACUCAAGAGGAUGCAGAGAGGCAAAAGUUAGAGGCUGAGCGUGAUGCCAAGAAAAGGGCUAAAGCUGAAGAUGCUGCUCUUAAACAGAAGGAGAAUGCAGAGAAUGAGUUGGAAAAGCAGAGGAAAUUUGCAGAACAAGUAGCCCAGCAAAAGCUGUCUGCAGAACAGGAAUGCAUACGACUGAAGGCCGACUUUGACCAUGCUGAACAACAGAGGGGCCUGUUGGAUAAUGAGCUCAAGCGUCUGAAGAAUGAGGUGACUGCUGCCGAAAUCCAGAGGAAGCAACUGGAAGACGAGCUGGCCAAAGUCAGAAGCGAAAUGGAUGCUCUUCUGCAGAUGAAGCUUCAAACUGAGAAGCAGACGAUGUCGAACACAGAAAAGAGCAAGCAGCUUCUUGAGUCUGAAGCGUUGAAAAUGAAACAACUUGCUGACGAAGCGACUAGAAUGAGAUCAGUCGCCGAAGAGGCAAAGAAGCAGAGGCAGACCGCGGAGGAUGAGGCAGCGCGGCAGAGAGCUGAGGCCGAGAAAAUACUUAAAGAAAAACUGGCCGCCAUCAACGAGGCAACUCGUCUGAAAAUCGAAGCCGAGAUUGCCCUGAAAGCCAAAGAAGCAGAAAAUGAAAGACUGAAAAGAAAAGCGGAGGACGAAGCUUAUCAGAGAAAGCUGCUGGAGGAUCAAGCUGCUCAGCAUAAACAAGACAUACAAGAGAAAAUCACACACCUGAAGAGCUCGUCGGAUUCGGAGUUGGUGAGACAAAAAACAAUCGUGGAAGAAACUCUGAGACAAAAGAAGGUGGUGGAAGAGGAAAUUCACAUAAUUAAAAUCAAUUUUGAGAAAGCUUCAAAGGGCAAGUCGGAUUUAGAGGUGGAAUUAAAGAAGCUGAAGGGUAUUGCUGAGGAAACCCAGAAGAGCAAACGCAAAGCUGAGGCAGAGGCUGAGAAACUAAGAAAGCUUGCAGCUGAAGAAGAGAAGAAAAGAAAAGAAUCUGAGGAGAAGGUGAAGAGGAUUACUGCAGCAGAAGAAGAGGCAGCUCGACAAUGCAAAGUCGCUCAGGAGGAAGUGGAACGUCUCAAAAAGAAAGCUGCUGAAGCAAAUAAACAGAAAGACAAGGCGGAGAAAGAUGCAGAGAAGCAGGUUAUUCUGGCCAAAGAAGCAGCACAGAAAUGCAGUUCAGCAGAGCAGAAAGCCCAAGAUGUUCUCAGCAAGAAUAAAGAAGACGGCCUCGCUCAGCAAAAGCUGAAAGAUGAGUUUGAAAAUGCGAAGAAGCUUGCACAAGCAGCGGAGAAGGCCAAAGAGAAAGCAGAGAAAGAGGCUGCCCUGCUCCAACAAAAAGCUGCAGAAGCUGAAAAGCAGAAAAAAUCUGCAGAGGAUGAAGCCGCAAAACAAGCCAAGGCUCAAAAAGACGCGGAGAGACUGCGGAAAGAAGCAGAGGAGGAGGCCUCCAAGCGAGCGGCAGCUGAGGCGGCAGCACUGAAGCAGAAGAAGCAGGCUGAUGAAGAGAUGGCCAAGCACAAGAAACAAGCCGAACAAGCACUCAAGCAGAAGUCACAGGUUGAGAAGGAACUAACAGUGGUCAAACUGCGGCUGGACGAGACUGAUAAGCAGAAAGCUGUGUUGGAUGAGGAGCUUCAGCGAGUUAAAGGUGAAGUAAAUGAUGCCGUCAAGCAAAAGGCACAGGUGGAGGAGGAACUGUCCAAAGUUAAGAUCCAGAUGGACGAGCUCCUGAAACUUAAGCUUAAGAUUGAGGGAGAAAACCGCCGCCUCAUGCAGAAAGACAAAGAUAAAACACAGAAAGUACUCGCGGAGGAAGCAGGGAAAAUGAAGAGCCUGGCGGAGGAUGCUGCCAGACUCACUGUGGAAGCUGAGGAAGCAGCCAGGCAGAGACAGGCCGCUGAGUCUGACUUGGCGGAACAGAGGGCACUUGCAGAGAAAAUGCUAAAGGAGAAGAUGCAGGCCAUCCAAGAGGCUACCAAACUUAAAGCCGAGGCAGAGGAGCUCCAGAAACAGAAGAACCAGGCACAGGAAAAGGCUAAAAAACUACAAGAGGACAAACAGCAGAUCCAGCAGCGCCUUGAUAAGGAGACAGGGGACUUCCAAAAAUCAUUAGAGGCUGAGCGAAAGAGGCAGCUUGAAGUUUCAGCUGAGGCGGAGAAACUGAAAUUGAGGGUGAAAGAGCUCAGUGAUGCUCAGUCAAAAGCUGAAAAGGAGGCUAAGAAAUUCAAAAAACAAGCAGAUGAAGCAAAGGUGCGUCUCCAGGAGACAGAAAAGCAAACUACAGAAACUGUCGUGCAGAAGUUGGAGACACAGAGGCUGCAGAGCACCAGAGAGGCUGGUGACUUGAAGGAAGCCAUCGCUGGCCUUGAAAAUGAGAAGGAGAAACUGAAAAAGGAGGCGGAGGAACUUCAGAAAAAAUCUAAAGAGACGGCAAAUGCCCAACAAGAGCAAAUUGAGCAAGAGAAGGCCAUUCUUCAGCAGUCCUUCCUCACAGAGAAGCUACUGUUGUUGAAAAGAGAAAAGGCUGUUGAAGAUGAGAAAAAGAAGCUUGAGAAACAGUUUGAGGAUGAAGUCAACAAGGCUAAAGCUCUGAAAGAUGAACAAGAACGUCAGCAGAAGCUAAUGGAAGAGGAGAAGAAGAAACUCAAGGCCAUUUUGGAUGAAGCUGUAAAGAAGCAAAAGGCGGCUGAAGAAGAGAUGAAAAACAAGCAGAAAGAAAUGGAAGUGCUCGAAAAGAAGAGGCUUGAACAAGAAAAACUCCUGGGAGAGGAAAACAAGAAGCUCAGGGAGAAACUCCAGAGUCUUGAGGUGGCCUCCAAACAGGGUGCCUCCGAAACGAAGGACAUGAAAGUCCAGACUGAUGAGGUUCCUGAGGAGCAGUUAGUUGCCAUGACAAUGGUGGGAACGACAAAGAAAGUUUUCAAUGGGUCUGUUGAAGCGGACGGAGCAAAGAAGGCUGCAGAAUCACCGUUUGCGUUUGAUGGAAUUAGAGAGAAGGUUCCCGCUGAAAGGCUUCAUGACAUUGGUGUCCUGACCAAAAAGGAAUUGGACAAAUUGAAAAAGGGAAAAGUCUCGGUGCAAGAGCUCGGAAAGACUGAUAAAGUUAAAUCAUGUCUUCAGGGUCAGAGCUGUGUAGGAGGUGUCUUGACUCCAUCCAAAAAGAAAAUGAGCAUCUAUCAGGCUAUGACUGAAAACCAGAUCACUCCCAACACUGCCACAAUGCUCCUGGAAGCUCAAGCAGCUUCUGGUUACAUCGUAGAUCCAGUGAAAAAUAAACUCCUCACUGUCGACGAGGCUGUUAAAGAAGAGUUAAUUGGCCCCGAGCUUCAUGACAGGAUGCUCUCUGCAGAGCGAGCAGCCACUGGCUUCAAAGAUCCCUAUACCGGAGCCAAAAUCUCUCUCUUUGAGGCCAUGAAGAAGGGACUUAUUGAAAAUGAGCCAGCCACCAAAUUCCUGGAUGUACAGCUUGCAACCGGCGGCAUCGUUGACCCCAUCAAUAGCCAUAGAGUGCCACUUCAGACUGCCUACAAGCAGGGUCAGUUUGAUGCAGACAUGAACAAGAAACUCACUGAUCCCAGUGAUGAUUGCAAGUUAUUCAUUGACCCCAGCACUCAGGAGCAUCUCACUUACAAACAGUUGCUGGAGAAAUGCACCAAGGAUGCAGAGACAGGACUGCUGAUAUUACCGGUAAGCGAGAAAGCUGCUGAGAGUGAGGGAACAUACACAGAUCUGGAGACCAAAGACGUGUUCAGUACGUCAAACGUUGUUGUGCCUUUUGGAAGAUUCAAGGGCAAAACCGUCACCAUUUGGGAAGUCAUAAAUUCAGAGUACUUUACAGAACCGCAAAGAAGAGAAUUGAUUCGCCAGUACAGGACAGGAAAGAUCACGGUAGAGAAAAUUAUCAAAAUUGUCAUCACUGUUGUGGAAGACAAGGAGAAGGAUAAAGAAAACAUGUUUAAUGGUUUGAGGGCUCCAGUCUCUGCCAGUGAACUGUUGGAGUCUAAGAUUAUAAACAAAGACUUGUUCAACAAACUGAGUAAUGGCAAGAUAACGGUGAAGGAGAUCUCCGAGAUGGAGCCUGUGAAGAAGGCGCUACAAGGAACACCGAGCAUUGCUGGACUACUGAAUGAAGCAACCAAGGAGAAAAUGCCUUUCUAUCAAGCUAUGAAGGAAGAAUUACUGUCACCAGAAACUGUGUCAAACCUUCUUGAAGCUCAAGCAGCGACUGGGUGUGUAAUCGACCCGGUCAAAAAUGAGAAGUUCCCUGUUGAUGAAGCGGUUAAGUCGGGACUUGUGGGCCCAGAACUCCAUGAACGACUCCUGUCAGCAGAGAGAGCCAUCAGCGGCUACAAAGACCCGUAUACAGGAAAGAAGGUGUCUCUGUUUGAAGCCAUGAACAAAGGCCUCAUCAAGAAAGACCAUGGCAUCCGGCUGCUUGAGGCACAACUCUCAACAGGUGGAAUCAUUGACCCUGUUAACAGCUAUCGCAUCCCACAUGAGGUGGCUUGUAAGCGUGGAUAUUUUGAUGAGGAAAUCGGCAAAACCUUGAACAAAAACACUGAUGACACAAAGCUGUUUUAUGAUCCUAACUCACAAGAGCAUUCAACGUAUGCUCAGCUCAUGGACAAAUGUGUCCCAGACAAAGAAACUGGACUCCUGUUGCUUCCUCUUUCAAAGAAGGCUGCAAAGCCAAAAGAAGACAAACAGGUUACAGAGGCGAAGACAAAAGAGGCUUUGAACCAUUCAACUAUGGAGCUGGACUGUGGCCCUUUCAAAGGCAGAAAAGUCACAAUUUGGGAGAUCAUACACUCUGAAUACAUCACUGAGGAGCGAAGAAUAGAGCUGAUUCGCCAGUACAGAAUGGGGCAGGUGACAAUUGAAAAGUUGAUAAAGAUUGUGAUAACAAUGGUUGAUGAAAAAGAAGACAAAACAAAGGAAGAGGCCUGUUUUGAAGGCCUUAGAGCACCAGUCACUGCCAGCUCUUUGCUUGAUUCCAACAUCAUUGACAAGGCGACAUUUGACCAAAUCCAACAGGGUAAAAAGACACCUAAAGAGGUUAGUGAAACUGAUAAGGUACGGAAGUACUUGCAGGGCACAGACUGCAUUGAUGGCAUCACUAUGGGAGAUUCAAAUGAGAAGUUAAGCAUAUAUCAAGCAAUGAAGAAGAAUGUUUUGCAGCAAAACACUGGGCUUGCGCUACUUGAGGCCCAAGCUGGAACUGGUUUCAUAACUGAUCCGGUCAGAAAUCAGAAAUACUCUGUGGAUGAUGCUGUGAAGAAUGGAGUUGUUGGCCCAGAGCUUCAUGAGAAACUUCUCUCAGCUGAAAAAGCAGUGACUGGAUACAAAGAUCCGUAUACGGGCAAUACAAUUUCUCUAUUCCAAGCCAUGAAGAAAGAACUUGUUCUGAGGGAGCAUGCUAUUCCUCUCCUGGAGGCUCAGUUUACUACAGGAGGGCUCAUCGAUCCGGUCAGCAGCCAUCGUGUUCCCAAUGAUGUGGCCAUUCAGCGUGGCUUUUGCACUAAACAAAUGUCCAAGUCCUUCAAUGAACCCUCAGGCGAUGUUAAAGGCUUCACCGAUCCCAACACCAAUGAAAGCGUUACUUACAAACAGUUGGUGGAGAAAUGUGUAAGAGAUGCCAACUCUGGUCUGUGCUACCUGCCUCUGUCAAAGGUUGAAGCUCCUGCUCCUGUUGAGAAAUCCUAUCAGUACACAGAGGAGCAAGCUGAAACAGAUCUAGCCAACACUCAAAUUGAGAUCCCUCAUAAGAGUUUUGCAGGAAAGACUAUGACCAUUUGGGAAAUCAUGAACUCAAAUAUGCUUCCUGUGGAGGAGAGACUGCGCCUCAUGGAGCAGUAUCGCUCGGGACAAAUCACAAAGGACAGAAUGCUAAUCAUCAUCAUUGAAAUCAUUGACCAAAGAGAGACUCUAAAGUCGGAGCAGAGCAUGUCAUGUGAUGUAAUCAGAAGAAGAAUUACUAUUGAAGAGUUAUACAGUGCUCGAAUUAUUGACUUGCAGACAUACAACCUCUUAAAACAAGAGAAGAUGACUGUUCGGGAGGUCAUGGAAAUGCCAUCAGUCAAACAGUACCUCUUUGGUACAGGUUGCAUUGCUGGAAUCAUGUCAGACAAUCCUCCAAAGAUCAGCAUUUACCAGGCUAUGAAGAGUGGACAGAUUAAACCUGAAGUUGCAUUGAAUCUCCUCGAGGCCCAAGCAGCGACAGGAUUCAUGAUCGAUCCAGUGAAAGAUGAACUUCUGACAGUGGAUGAAGCUGUACGCAAGGGGCUUGUGGGCCCUGAACUUCAUGACAAACUUCUCUCUGCUGAAAGGGCAGUUACAGGUUACAAGGAUCCGUACAGCGGGAAAGUGAUUUCUCUCUUCCAGGCAAUGAAAAAAGACCUUGUUCCUGAGGAUUAUGCCUUGAGGCUUUUGGAGGCCCAGAAUGCCACCGGUGGAUUAAUUGAUCCUGAAUACUACUUCCGCCUCCCUACAGAUGUUGCCAUGCAGCGUGGAUACAUCAACAAGGAGACACUCGACAGACUAUCUGAACCGACUGAGGAGGUGCGAGGCUACACUGAUCCAACGACAGAUGAAAAGCAGAGCUACGCCCAGCUACUGAAAAGAUGUAGAGUUGAUAAAGCAAGUGGUUUGCGGCUACUUUCACUAGCAGAUAGAAGACUUCUCUUCAAGGGUCUCAGAAAGCAAAUCACUGUGGACGAGCUGCUUCGUUCACAGAUCAUCAGCCAAAAGACAUACAAUGAACUUACAGAGGGUACCAUUACAGUGGAGGAGGUCAGCAGAGAGGUGAAGAAAUACCUGGAGGGUACCAGCUGUAUUGCUGGUGUGUUUGUCGAAUCUAGCAAAGACCGUCUGUCUAUUUACCAAGCAAUGAAGAAGAACAUGAUCAGACCAGGGACUGCCUUUGAGCUCCUCGAGGCUCAAGCCGCCACAGGAUAUGUAAUUGAUCCUAUUAAGAACCUAAAACUGAAUGUCAUUGACGCUGUUAAGAUGGGUGUUGUUGGCCAAGAGUUUAAAGAUAAACUCCACUCAGCUGAACGAGCAGUCACAGGCUACAAGGAUCCUUAUUCUGGCAAGAUCAUCUCACUAUUCCAGGCUAUGAAAAAGGGCCUCAUUCUGAAAGAUCAUGGCAUUCGUCUGCUAGAGGCUCAAAUUGCUACUGGUGGAAUCAUUGAUCCACAGGAGAGCCAUCGCUUGCCAGUUGAAACAGCAUAUGAACGUGGCCUCUUUGAUGAGGAAAUGAAUGAAAUCCUCACUGACCCAUCCGAUGACACAAAGGGCUUCUUUGACCCCAACACUGAGGAAAAUCUCACCUACCUGCAACUGAUGGAGAGAUGUAUGAUAGACCCAGAAACAGGCCUCGCUCUUCUGCUGCUGAAAGAGAAGAAGCGCGAGAAGAAGACAUCAUCCAAGUCCUCUGUUCGCAAGCGCAGGGUCGUCAUCGUUGAUCCAGAGACUGGCAAAGAGAUGUCUGUGUAUGAGGCGUACCAGAAAGGGCUCAUUGACCACCAGACCUAUCUUGAGCUGGCUGAGCAAGAGUGUGAGUGGGAGGAAAUUACCAUCACCUCAUCUGAUGGAGUUGUGAAAUCCAUGAUCAUUGACAGAAGGUCUGGUCGGCAGUAUGACAUUGAUGAUGCAAUCUCAAAGGGCCUGAUUGACAAGUCAGCUCUGGAACAGUACCGUGCAGGAACUCUGUCCAUCACAGAGUUUGCAGACAUGCUAUCUGGAAACACGAGCGGUGUCAGAUCACGGUCAUCCUCCUUUGGCUCCUCUUCCUCUUACCCCAUGAGUCCAAUACCUUCUAUAAAAGCACCAGCAACCACAUGGAACGACCCAACUGAGGAAACUGGCCCUGUGGCUGGAAUCUUGGACACAGAAACUCUGGAGAAGGUGUCCAUCACAGAGGCCAUGCACAGGAACCUUGUGGACAAUAUAACAGGCCAAAGGUUGUUGGAAGCUCAGGCCUGCACAGGAGGUAUUAUCGACCCAAAUACGGGAGAGAAAUUUGCUGUUGCGGAUGCAAUGAACAAGGGGCUUGUGGAUAAAAUCAUGGUUGACCGCAUCAGUCUCGCCCAGAAGGCGUGCAACGGAUUUGAGGAUCCCAGAACCAAAACCAAAAUGUCAGCAGCCCAAGCCCUAAAGAAAGGCUGGCUAUACUAUGAGGCUGGCCAGCGAUUCCUUGAGGUUCAGUAUCUCACCGGUGGAUUAAUUGAACCAGAUGCUACCAGCAGAGUCCCCAUAGAUGAGGCCGUGAAGAAGGGCACCUUAGAUGCACGCACUGCUCAGAAGUUACGAGAUGUCAGUGCAUACUCAAAAUACCUCACGUGCCCUAAAACUAAGCUGAAGAUCUCUUACAAAGAUGCUAUGGAAAGGAGCAUGGUAGAGGAGGGGACUGGUCUGCGACUACUUGAAGCAUCAUCCCAAUCAAGCAAAGGACUGUACAGUCCCUACAGCGUCAGCGGGUCAGGCUCCGCUUCUGGGUCACGGUCCGGCUCAAGAUCUGGCUCCAGAAGAGGCAGCAUCGAUGCCACAGGAUCAAGUUUUACAACAACCUUCUCUUCCUCUUCCUCUUCCUUUAGUUCACCAAGCUAUGGCCGUCGAUACUGAGUUUGAAAGUCAAGCAAUGAUUUUCUAGGGGAAGGAUACACUAAAAAGCCACAGUGCUCACCAGAUGCCUACUUCUCAGUGGAAUAUGGACUACUUUUAUUCUGCUCUGCAUGUGGUUAUUACAGGACGUUAAUACAAGUUGAAUCAUUGUUUAUUUUAUGUGUCACAUUUACUUUUAGUUAUGUCUAUGCUAUUCUAUCAGACUUUCUGACUACCGUACUGUAAGCUGCAUACACAAGAGCUGUUUAUUAUUUCCAAUAUCUAUCAAAAAGAUUUUUUUUUAAGUUUAAGGACUUACGGUUCCACAUACAGGAUUCUAUUUACGAUAUCGUGCGUGUUACACUAUAACUGCUCAUUACCCGAUUGAACCAAACAAGCAUUUCUGUACAUGUGUAAAUUUCUGAAUAUUUGGGGAGAAAAAAAAUUUAGCAAAAGAAAGAUAAUUGCCACUCUGCAGAGCAGAAUAAGGAGUCUCCCCCGAAGAUGAAUAAACACUAAGAGUGUCUGCUUUAAGAACGCCAAGCUUCAAGAUCUUUUCUCUCCCGGGCUACACUGCCGCAUAUACUCUCUCCCAUUAUCUACUCCAUUCCCAGUUGUCUGUCAUAUAACCCGGAGUUACAGCGACAUGCUAACCUCGUGAUGAACCUCAAAACAGCAAGCUCCCGUAAAUGGAACGACUCUGUAGCCUAUUAUGACCGUUAACACCAUCUGACAUCAUACAAGGCCCGCCUUUCUGAACACUUUAAAAAGAUAUUGCCUCCACAGUUCAUCUCCAGCUCCAGUGACCCCCCUCGCAUUAAUUUGGACUUUGGCCUUCAUUUGAAUCAUGAUUUUAUCGAACAGUUGCAGAAACACAAUUGCUUCUAUGACAUUUCAUUCGAUACCAUGCUUUGUAAAUGCCUGCAAAAAUACUCUGAAACACUUAACUGGGCUGUUGAGAAUUAUAACAUGGUGCAGUGCUACACUGCACACUGGCUGAUGCAUGACUGGCUGAGCAUACUGGUAUGUUUACUGUGUUAUCAGGUAUAUCAGCCUUUUUUACAGUCCAACUACAGCAUCUCACAAUCUAACUUCAGAAUAACUCUUCAUGUCAUAAAUGUAGUAUUCUCACGGGGCUAAAAUGUAAUGUUUGAAUGUUUAAUAGCUACAACUUUACAAUUGCCCACACACACACACACACACACACACACACACACCUUACACAGAUGGUAAUGUAAUAUACAUUGACGAUUGAGAGAGAUCUUUAAGCUUUGCCACCAGACCCAGUAUUUGUAUUUUCCACAGCAUAUACUUAUUUUGAUUGUCCUUUGUAAAGCAACACAUAUGAUCUGUAUCAUUUUAUUUCCGUACUCUUUAUUUCUGCUUUGCAUGAUUUACUAACAUUUAAAAAGGUGCAAACACAAUGUAGUUGAAUCUAUUAAAGCAUUUAUUUUACUUUUACAUUUCAAAAGGUUUGAAGGAUUUAUUUUAAAGAGGGUUGUCAAACCUUGUUGAAAAGGGUGUAUUUAUAAUAAAAUGGUGACAAGGAAUUUUAUUGUAGCACCGUACGCUAUGUAAAUAAACAUGAAAAUGAAA